AUGUCUCUCUAUGGUAGGAUGGAGGUUGCUGUAGAAACUAACAUUCCUGCUGAAAAACUUCAUGAUCUUCUCAGCAGCAGUUCUUUACCCCAGUUAUCUUGCAUGAGUCCUGCUAAGUUACAAGCGGUUCAUCUCCUUAAAGGUGAAUGGGGCAAAUCUGGCUCUACUAUCUGUUGGAAUUAUACAUUCGAGGGAGCCCCUAAGAUUACCAAGGAGGUGAUUGAAGACAUAGAUAACACCAAACUAUCUACCACCUUCAAAGUGAUCGAAGGACAUUUGAUGGAGGCUUACAAGAGUUUCAAAUUCAUCCAUCAAGCUGCUCCAAAAGGUGAGGGCGGCGUAGUCCAUUGGAAACUGAUAUAUGAAAAAGAGAACGAAAACAUUCCAGCACCAACAGCAUUCCUGGACUAUUUAGUCGAUUUCACCAAGGAUAUGAAUGCUUACCUGACCCAAGGACAGACAUGA